AAAGAAUUACAGAUUUUUAUUUUUUUUUGUUUUUUUUUUUCGAAAAAAAGAAAAAUCAGCACUGAGAUCUGAAACUCCAAAACCCUAAUUUCCAGAUCCAGGAUCCAAACCUUAAAAAUGUCAAGGUCAGCAUUGAGAGAUCAUCAGCGAUCGAAGCCGUAGAAAUCGAAAAUGGCGAACAAAUCGACGGUGGGAUGGAUCCCAUUGCAGAAGAAGAAACGGCUGCUAUUGCUCCUGUUACUCCUCAUCUUCUCCAUCUCGACCGCAAUCGCCUUUCUCAUCAGAGGCUCAUCCGACCCCUCAUGCGACUGUCUGCUUUCCGUCCCCAUAUCGGAUCCGGGCCGGUCCGAGCAGCGGACCGAGAGAAACUUCGAGAACCCGCUCGGUUUCAUGAGGUCGAAGCUCGUCCUCCUCGUCUCUCACGAGCUCUCUCUUUCUGGUGGCCCACUACUGUUGAUGGAGUUAGCGUUUCUAUUGAGAAGUGCUGGUGCCCAAGUUGUAUGGAUCACUAACCAAAAACCGAUGGAAACAAAUGAAGUGAUAUAUAGUUUGGAGCGUAGGAUGUUGGACCGAGGAGUGCAGGUCUUUUCUGCGAAGGGUCCAGAAGCUUUAGAUACAGCUCUUAAAGCUGAUUUGGUUGUUUUAAACACGGCUGUUGCGGGAAAGUGGCUGGAUGCUGUUCUUAAGGAUGAUGUGCCUCGCGUUCUUCCGAAGGUUUUGUGGUGGAUUCAUGAAAUGCGAGGGCAUUACUUCAAAGUGGAGUAUGUUAAGCACCUCCCUUUUGUUGCAGGUGCCAUGAUUGAUUCACAUACAACAGCAGAGUACUGGAAGAGCAGGACUCAGGAGCGUUUAGGGAUAAAGAUGCCUCCAACCUAUGUUGUUCAUCUGGGGAAUAGCAAAGAAUUGAUGGAAAUAGCUGGAGAUAGCGUAGCAAGAAGGAUACUCCGUGAGCAUGUGAGAGAGUCGCUGGGAGUGCGGAGUGAUGAUCUUAUUUUUGCCAUCAUAAAUAGUGUUUCGCGUGGGAAAGGUCAGGAUUUAUUUCUCCGUUCCUUUCAUGAAAGUCUGAAGUUGAUACAAGAGAAGAAACUACAGGUGCCAUCAAUGCAUGCAGUAAUAGUUGGAAGUGACAUGAAUGCUCAGACCAAGUUUGAAACAGAGCUGCGGAACUUUGUGUUAGGGAAGAAGAUUCAGGAUCGAGUGCACUUCAUCAAUAAAUCCCUGACUGUAGCUCCCUAUUUGGCUGCAAUUGAUGUGCUUGUCCAGAACUCGCAGGCACGAGGAGAAUGCUUUGGGAGGAUAACCAUUGAAGCUAUGGCAUUUCAACUUCCGGUGCUGGGGACAGCAGCUGGAGGCACAACGGAAAUCGUCAUCAAUGGGUCGACUGGUCUACUGCAUCCUGCGGGGAAAGAGGGUGUCACUCCCCUUGCAGAGAACAUUGUGAAACUCGCCACCCACGUUGAGCGGAGGUUGACAAUGGGAAGAAAAGGCUAUGAGAGGGUGAAAGAGAGGUUUUUGGAGCAGCACAUGGCCAGUCGUAUUGCCCGGGUUCUAAAGGAAGUGUUGCAGAAAGGCAAAGGCAGCUCCAGUUCUUAAGUUGAGAGAUUGCUGUGCUGCCAAUCUAGAAACCAUUGUAAUGGUAGAAGAUUUUCAUCAUCGACUUCAAUUUUGGAAUGUUAGAUGGUAGCUCUUAAAGCUCGAGAUCGUGUGUUCGAAUCAGCACCUAAAAAGGACAGCUUAUACUCACAAAAUCUGGUGUAUGGUCAUGUUUCUAUCUAUUAUGUUUUAUAACUAGCUACAUGAUCUGUAGAUAAGCCUAGCAUUUCUCUUUCUCUCUGCACUAUGUGCAUUGUACAAUUGUCAGUACUAUCUCUAAAGAAAGAUGAAGAAUAUUGCUUUUAUGCAUGCUA